AUGGACGUCGACGCGGCUUCCUUCCCCCACCACCUGCUGGGUCUCAUGGUAAAUAUCUCAGAGGCCGACUUCGUAUCCUUUGAUUUGGAGCUAUCAGGCAUCCCUUCGCGGAUACAGGACAAACCUGCACGUGGCUCCGGACGCUUGACCUUGGAAGAGCGCUAUGCCGAGACUAAGAUGGGAGCGGACCGUUACCAGAUCCUACAAGUAGGCAUCACGUGUGCCAGAUUCGACUACAUUGCCGACAAAUAUGUUUUGCGGCCUUACAACAUCAGCAUCAGUCCAUUACUCGACGAGCGACUGGACUUCGAGCGCGAAGUCAGAUUUCAAACUGGCGCCUGCACAUUUCUCCUCAACAAUGGCUUCGACUUGGGCGCUCCUUUCGCAAAGGGCGUGCAGUAUCUCUCACGAGAAGAGGCCGAGCGAGCGAAGCAGAUGGCAUGGGAUCGCCUGGACAACAAGAACCCCAUUCCUGAUCUUCAACUCAAGGAGGAGGACGUUGAGUCGCUUGACUUUAUGCGCCGUAUCAGGGAGGCCAUCAAGACGUGGAAGACCAGUAAGGCUUUGCAUUUGGACGUGACAACCCAUACCGGCCUUCCUGAUAAGCCUGCCAUGCCUGUCAUCACCCGAUUCGAAAAACGCCUCGUACAUCAGCUUGUCCGCGCCGAAUUUCCAGAAUUGGUCACCAUAGGCCGCUCAGAAUGUGUUCGCAUUGUCGACUUGGAUCCGGUGCGCGAGGCAGACAACAUGCGCAGAAUCAAGAACCGCGUCAGGGAAUCCAUAGUUCGCCAAACAGGCUUUCGUUGGGUCUUCGAGGCUCUUGUCAAGGGUGGUGCUGUCGAUCGUGCAGAUCUGCUGUACGUUGCACGCACUACAGGUAUGCCAAUGACAGCCGACAUGUACGCCAUACGAGACAGAUACGACAGGGCUGUAGAGAGGCUCAAGACUAAACAGCCUGUACUCGUCGGUCACAACAUGUUCACCGACAUCGUCUAUCUAUACCGCACUUUUGUUGGACAACUACCAGACACGCUGCAAGGCUUCCAGGACGCCAUCCAUGGACUAUUUCCCAAGAUUAUAGACACAAAGUACCUAGCUACGCAUGCUGAAGGUGACCUCAACGCCUCGCCUACGCUACAAGACAUCGCAAUGCGUCUCAACACUCAGCCUCUGCCACACAUCAUCACUCACGCCGACUACCCCAAGUACCAGGAUACUGAAGCUUUCCACGAAGCCGGGUACGAUAGCCUCUUGACCGCUACAAUCAUGAUCAAGCUGGCGGCUAAACUUGGUGCUGAACGUGGAGAGGAGGUACCCGCGCCGUUGUCGGGUAUUCCUCUGGGCAAAUCUAAAACUUCAACGCCCGAACCCAACCCGACCAUUUCAGACGAAAUCAAAACGCCAGCUGAAGACUCUGCAGAAUACAUCGAGGACAUGGUGAAGGAUGGACGCGAAAAAGUGCAGAAGCCAGUGCCGCUCCCACCAGUCGAAAAACCAAAGCCUGCGAAAGCGAACAAGCGCACGCAGAACAAAAAAGGUGGCAAAAAGAACAAGGAAACAGAGCAACGACGGUUCGAAACAAGAAACAUGUUCGACAGUCUUCGAGAAAUGACGCUGAACCCCGAAACUGGCUCAUCUUCCAACGAAGACGAGCCUCGCCAUGACAGCCAUAUCCAGGACAAUCAGUCAGCCACGUGGGACAAGCAGGCAGAAGCUACCGGAUCAUGGGAAAAUGAUGUACAUGUCCAGGAUAAGACAGGCUGGGUGCCUGUGGAACAGGUCAAACGACAGUCGGGGGAGCUCAUUCCCGCCUUCAACUCAAAAUUUUGGUGCGAAUUUGGGAAUACCCUGCGUGUCUUCGGUACGGAAGAAGCUGUGCUGAAAAUUGCGGAUUGGGAAGAUUAA